AUGUCGCUGCUCGGGACCCUUCGCCCACUCAUUUGUGCAAUUGCCGUUUCGGUGUGCUGCGGCGCAGCUCCCAAGAACCGGCAGGGGAAGUUUGAGGCUGAGACGUUGGAGGCUGAAGUCUCCCAGGAUGGUCACAUCGCGAUGCACAACUCGUUGAAACCUUCCUUCAAGGAUCCAGACACCGAAUUCAUUGAGCUGGAGGAGGAGGAGGAGGAGGAGCAGGAGCAGGAGGAGGAGGAGGGGGAGGAUGAGAAACAUGAUGAGGACGCCGAGCAGGAGUCAGCGGGAUGUCGUCGGCGAGAUUGUCGUCGGCGUUUUACUUGUCAUAGGAGGAGAGUGAAUUGCGUUUGGGCGACAUGGAAACCUUGGACUCAGUGUAGCAAGGCUUGUGCCACGGGCAAGACAACCAGAGUCCGCCCAUUUGCCAGAGCGGCCGCCCACGAGGGCUGCGCCUGCACUGGGCCCAGCAAGGAGGAGAAAACUUGCAAUACUCAUGCUUGUCCCAUCAACUGCGCGUGGGGCAAAUGGAACGCCUGGCAAAAGUGCUCCAAGCCCUGCGGCGGUGGGGAGCAGAAGCGGAACCGGCCCGUGGCCAAAGCGGCUGCCCACGGCGGAAAGAAGUGCGACGGCGCAGCAGAGGAGAAGAAAAAGUGCAACGAACACAAGUGCCCCAUUGAUUGCGUGUACGGCGAGUGGGGCGAGUGGGCUGACUGCAGCGUCACUUGUGGCAAUGGGACCCGUAAGCACACCAGAGAGGUGGAGACGGAAGCGCAACAUGGAGGUAAAGAGUGCGAGGGAGAAGCUGAAGAAGAAGGGCCAUGUGAUCCGGUGCCUGAGAAGUGCGGGGCACUCGGGUCGCAGGUGUUUCGGGCCCCUGAAACGGGGCAUAAGGCUCCAGAUCGGGAGACCUUCUACCAGAGCUUCGCAUUCCUCUGGACCUUUGUUCUACGGCUGGCCGCGACAAGGGGCCAUUUGACUCGAUUCAACAGGUGCCGGCUUCGAGUUCUGCCGCCCGGCGCCAGAGCGGGAGUUCAAGUACCACAGGUGAAACCUGGUCCAGCGCUUCACUCCAGGAAUGGAAGCUUCGAUUGGAUUCGAACGGCCAACGAGAAGGAAGAUCGUGAUCUGCGUGCGCAGACGGCCACGCUGACGCUGAAGGCCUGCCGAGCCUGUGGAUAUCAGCUCUCAGCGGGUGGUGUGGUGCCCUUGAGGCAUACGGAUAUGAUGGUUGAAGGAACAAAGAUCCUCACCCUGGAGGAGGUGGCCGCGCGCCUGGGCCCCCCGAGCCGGGGCUUCUUCAGCUCGCCCGCGCCGCCGCGGCUGACGACCGCCGCGCAGGGCACAGCGCUGGACGCGGCGCUGGCGCUCGCGGAGCGCCGCGCGCGGGUGGCGGUGCUGAGUGCGGCGUCCGCCUACCAUCCGUGCGGUGGAUUCCGCACUGGUGGGCGGCACGCCUUGGAGGAGUCGAUGUGCGUCCAAUCCACGUUGUCCCUCUCGUUGCAGCGCGCGCUCUACAUCUCCAGACAUGGAAACGCUCAAGUGUCCGUGCCAGAACGCUUGAAGCGCGACCAAAGGAGCGAGUGGUUCUGCUACAUCCCAGAGACCGGUGGGAUCUUGAGCCCCAAGGUGGAGGUCUUCCGCAAGGGCUCCGCGGAAGGUUAUGGCUUUCUGCCGAGCCCUGUGGAGUUGGCGUCCGUGGUCAGUGUGGCCAUGCCCAACAAGAACCCCAACGUCAAGGACUCCCCGUUGGAUGCUCCUGAGUCGCCUGAUGAGUACCGAGCGUUGCUGGUGGCCAAGCUCAAGGUGGCCUUGGGCGCCGCCGCCAUGAGCGGUGCCAGCGCGUGCGUGGUGCCUGGCCUGGGGUGCGGAGUCUUCAAGAACGAUCCAGGAGAUGUGGGUGCUGCCUUAGGCGAGGCGAUCGCCUGGGCGCCCUUGUGUGGGAAGCUCCAAGAGGUGAUCCUGGCAGGAGUCCCAAAGGCCCUGGAGGCCGCCGCCCGGAGGUGA